AUGGCUCCCUCAAAAAAGACCGUUAAACCUACCUCUGAAUCCUCGUCAAGCGAGUUAUCCGGCUCCCCUGCCUUGACCCACCUUACGAGCAAUCCUACUGUAUCCUCUCCACCAUUUGAUUCUAAACCCCAGAUAAUAAGCAAGGAGGGAAGGCACAAGGAGGAGUUGGUGGAGCUCCUGGAGAAAGCUGGGCAUUGGGAAGGCCUCAUGCCCCAAGGUAUCCUUGGACGGGGAAGCCAUAGUUGGGUACAAGGCCAUGUGGAAGCUAGAGAGAUCUGGCACCGAAAGCACAACACAGAGACCGAGCUUCCCGGUUUCAUCUUCGACCCAUUACUUGCCCUAUUACUAUACUCACAGACACAAGAAGAAGUUCCGAUAUUCUUGCGGCCCAGGGAUAACUACGGAGAACUAUAUUUUGUGGGGGCUUUGGGCGUGCAAGACUGA